GUCAUUGUAAUAUAAGGAUAUGAGAAUCUCUAUUUUCAUUUUAGACAGAGAUUUGAAUGCGUAAGAAUAUUGGUGACCUCAAAUCUUUGUAUAAAUCGAAGGAUAUAAACAUUGCGUUCAUAAUUUAUUUUAUUUCGUUACAUCCAUUACACAAACAUGAACACAUUUAAGAAGAGUUAACAUUGGUUCAAUUUUGUAAUAUAAGGAAUUCGAGGAGGUGGAAGGCGUUUUGACAUGCCAAAAAGUCCCUAUGGAGUGCCCCCAUUUGGAAGAAUCGGUCCGCGUUUCAACGCCAAUUCAGGCGCAAACGACUGACAUUCCAUUUAGAUUGCAGUGUUCUGAAUGUGCCACAGAAGCAAGUCCUUGGAUAUGUAUGAUGUGUGGAUUAAUUGGUUGUGGAAGGUAUGAGAAAGGACAUGCACUACGUCAUCAUGAGACCUGUGACAAACACUGUGUUUGCAUGGAUGCCAAGAAUUAUGCUGUCUACUGCUACACUUGUGAUGAAUUUGUAAUUAAUGACACGCCCACUGGACAUUGUGAUGCACUCAGGACAAAACUUCAAUCUCUAAGUACCCAGUGUCAUCAAAUACAAAAGACAUCAAUAAGACGACGGUCAUCUUCGAGCUCAGAAGCAGAAAAUGAUCCGAAGAAACCAAGAAAAGAACUUAAAAAGAUUCGUCCCAAAUCUUCAGGGCUUAGAAACCUUGGAAAUACAUGUUUCAUGAGUGCAGUAUUACAGUCUUUAAGCAACAUUCAACAUUUUUGUGGUUACAUAAAGCAGUUGCCGUCACUUGAAGAUAAGAACAACAAGAUACGAAAGGUCAUCACUCGAAAACAGUCCAGAAACGGAGAAGACAAAGAUAUAUUGUUAGUAGAGGAGCUAAGGAAGACAUUGAUAGCAUUGUGGGAAGGAGGAAAGGCAGCCAUUUCUCCAGAAUCCCUUCUACAUGUGAUAUGGAAACUUGUGCCCAGGUUUCGGGGUUAUCAACAGCAAGACGCCCACGAGUUCAUGCGGUAUUUAUUGGACAGGCUCCACACAGAGUUGUUGGCCUUGCUGCCAUUUACCUUCUCGUCAAACAGUAACAGUCCUUUCAUAGUUCCGGGUCCAAAGGGUAACAGCACCAUAGUGACAGCGAUAUUUGGAGGGCUUCUACAGAGCGAGGUGAACUGCCUCAUCUGUGGCAUGGAGUCAAAGAAACAUGAUCCAUUCUUAGACCUGUCUCUGGAUAUACCUGUACAGUACCAUCAAAGUGUGAAGGCCACAAAGGGCAAAGAGAAUGUAGAUCAACCCAUCUGUCAUCUAGCAGAGUGUCUGGCCCACUUCACGGAGGUAGAGGAGCUAGAAGAGACAGAGCUGUACAUGUGCACUGGCUGCAAGAAGAAGCAGCGCUCUACCAAGAAGUUCUGGAUACGACGAUUACCCAACGUUUUAUGCCUUCAUUUAAAGAGGUUCAAGUGGGCUACAUCGUUUCGCCAAAAGCUAGAGACGUAUAUAGACUUCCCGCUCAACAAUCUAGACAUGAACAAAUACAUUCUUGACAUGCAUGAGACCAGAGGCAUGACAGUUGGCAGUAACAUCUAUGACCUAGCUGCGGUCAUUGUCCAUCAUGGAUCGGGAGCUGGUUCCGGACAUUACACUGCCUAUGUCCUGAAUGAAGGUCAAUGGUACCACUUCAAUGACAGCACGGUGACCGCCUGUGACCCCGAGACAGUGGCCCGGUGCAAGGCCUACAUCCUGUUCUACAUUCGGCGGGAGAUACGCCUUCCUGACUACCUGAACGUCAAUCUCAAUGGGCUGUCGAGUACGCAGCGACGAGCGUCCACGUCUUGAGUUAACAUGUGAUGUUUGGGACUUAGGACUGGCAUCUUGCUUGGUUGUUGAAUGAGUAACAUUAGAUGUUGUAAAGCCUUAAAGGUGUUACUGUUUUGCUGGGUCCUGAUAUUGCGAAAUAGGUUAACUGCUGAGGUACUUAGCUGUAUAAAUCUCAAAUUUAGGCAAAACUGUGGGAAGCACAUUUUUUUUUUAAACAGGAGGAAAUUUAACAAGGUCCAGGUUAUUUUGUGUAAAUGCUUCUGUUUGUGCAACAUCCAGCCAUCAUUAAGGGGCGUUAUAAAAUUAUUGUCUUUGGUAAGAAGUUAAGGUGGUAGUUUUCUUUAGGUUUAAAGAGUUAUUUAAUCAUACAUGUUGAAAAAGACAGUUAAAAUACAAUCUGAAAUGUAAUGCAGUGGUUAUAGAAAGAACAUUUACUGGUUCUUAACUACUGUGUCAUGUUUCCUAGAAGGGAGCGAUGUUUGGUAGUUCUGUGUUGUUUUUUAGCUCACCUGUCACAAAGAGACAUGGUGAGCUUAUGUGACCGUGUGAUGUCCGGCGUCCAUGUGUGCGUGCGUGUGUGGGUGUGUACGUCAACAAUUUGUUUGUGUAGACAGUAGAGGUCACAGUUUUCAUCCAAUCUUUAUGAAAUUUUGUCAGAAUGUUUAUCUUGAUGAAAUCUGGGUUGGGAUUGUAUUUGGGUUAUCUGGGGUCAAAAACUAGGUCACAUAAUAGGUCUAUUAAUAUAAAAACCUUGUGUAGACAAUAGAGGUCGCAGUUUUCAUCCAAUCUUUAUGAAAUUUGGUCAGAAUGUUUAUCUUGAUAAAAUCUGGGUUGGGAUUGUAUUUGGGUCAUCUGGGGUCAAAAACUAGGUCAAAUAAUAGAAAAAACUUGUGUAGACAGUAGAGGUCAUAGUUUUCAUCCAAUCUUUAUGAAAUUUGGUCAGAAUGUUUAUCUUGAUGAAAUCUGGGUUGGGAUUGUAUUUGGGUCAUCUGGGGUCAAAAACUAGGUCACUAGGUCAAAAAGUAGAAAAAACCUUGUGUUGACAGUAGAGGUCACAGUUUUCAUCCAAUCUUUAUGAAAUUUGGUCAGAAUGUUUAUCUUGAUAAAAUCUGGGUUGGGAUUGUAUUUGGGUCAUUUGGAGUAAAAAACUAGGUCACUAGAUCAAAUAAUAGAAAAACCUUAUGUAGACAAUAGAGGUCGCAGUUUUCAUCCAAUCCUAUGACAUUUGGUAAGAAUGUUUAUCUUGAUGAAAUCUGGGUUGGGAUUGUAUUUGGGUCAUCUGAGGUCAAAAACUAGGUCACUUGGUCAAAUAAUAGAAAAACUGUCAACAAUUUGUUUGUGUAGACAGUAGAGGUCACAGUUUUCAUCCAAUCUUUAUGAAAUUUGGUAAGAAUGUUCAUCUUGAUGAAGUCUGGGUUGGGAUUGUAUUUGGGUCGUCUGGGGUCAAAAACUAGGUCACUUGGUAAAAAACUAGGUCACUAGAUCAAAUAAUAGAAAAACCUUGUAUAGACAAUAGAGGUCACAGUUUUCAUCCAAUCUUUAUGAAAUUGGUCUGAAUGUUUACCUUGAUGAAAUCUGGGUUGGGAUUGUAUUUGGGUCAUCUGGGGGUCAAAAACUAGGUCACAUAAUAGAACAAAUAAUAGAAAAACCUUGUGUAGACAAUAGAGGUCACAGUUUUCAUCCAAUCUUUAUGAAAUUUGAUCAGAAUGUUUACCUUGAUGAAAUCUGGGUUGGGAUUGUAUUUGGGUCACCUGAGGUCAAAAACUAGGUCACUAGGUCAAAUAAUAGAAAAACCAUGUGUAGACAAUAGAGGUCACAGUUUUCAUCUAAUCUUUAUGAAAUUUGGUCACAAUGUUUAUCUUGAUGAAAUCUGGGUUGGGAUUGUAUUUGGGUCAUCUGGAGUAAAAAACUAGGUCACUAGGUCAAAUAAUAGAAAAAUCUUAUGUAGACAAUAGAGGUCGCAGUUUUCAUCCAAUCCUAUGACAUUUGGUAAGAAUGUUUAUCUUGAUGAAAUCUGGGUUGGGAUUGUAUUUGGGUCAUCUGAGGUCAAAAACUAGGUCACUUGGUCAAAUAAUAGAAAAACUGUCAACAAUUUGUUUGUGUAGACAGUAGAGGUCACAGUUUUCAUCCAAUCUUUAUGAAACUUUGUAAGAAUGUUCAUCUUGAUGAAGUCUGGGUUGGGAUUGUAUUUGGGUCGUCUGGGGUCAAAAACUAGGUCACUUGGUAAAAAACUAGGUCACUAGAUCAAAUAAUAGAAAAACCUUGUAUAGACAAUAGAGGUCACAGUUUUCAUCCAAUCUUUAUGAAAUUGGUCUGAAUGUUUACCUUGAUGAAAUCUGGGUUGGGAUUGUAUUUGGGUCAUCUGGGGGUCAAAAACUAGGUCACAUAAUAGAACAAAUAAUAGAAAAACCUUGUGUAGACAAUAGAGGUCACAGUUUUCAUCCAAUCUUUAUGAAAUUUGAUCAGAAUGUUUACCUUGAUGAAAUCUGGGUUGGGAUUGUAUUUGGGUCACCUGGGGUCAAAAACUAGGUCACUAGGUCAAAUAAUAGAAAAACCAUGUGUAGACAAUAGAGGUCACAGUUUUCAUCUAAUCUUUAUGAAAUUUGGUCACAAUGUUUAUCUUGAUGAAAUCUGGGUUGGGAUUGUAUUUGGUUAGUCAGGUGAGCGAUUCAGGGCCAUCAUGGCCCUCUUGUCUUGGAGAAGGGAGGUGGGUAGAGACCAUUGUCUUUCUUGAGGGUGUGUAAUUGAGUGGAUGUGUGAAAUUGUGCUUGGUAUCAUUUGUGUGGCUAUCAUCAUUGCGCUUUUUUUGGCUGUUAUAAUUGUAUUCAUAUGUCCAUAUGUCUCUACUUUUCAUUUUGUGUGUUUGCUUGGGUAUUUGUAUAUGGUGUAUUUUGUAAACAGGUUUUCAGGAAAGCUUGUUGUCCAUAUGAUUCUUUUGAAGUUGUUUAGUGAUGUUAGCAUAAUACAAUAAAUGGUAUUUUAACAAGUGUAAAAUUACAUGGCAGGUGUCGUUUGAAAUUAAAUUGUUUUGAUAAUUGCAUUGAAGCAUGUUGUUAUUUGUAUAAACUUAUCAUUUAGCUUUGAAAGAACUGUUUUACAGGUAACUGUCAA